CCCUUUUCAGUGAUUAGGUUUCACCCCGCACCCUCAUCGCUCCUCCUCCUCCCUCGUCGGUCCCGGCUCUCCCCGCUACCACUCGGUCAGUCCUCAUCCAUCGUCGCUCUCGGCCCUCCUCCUUUCUCCCUCGUCGCUCAAGUCCGUCCUCCCUCGGCUGCUCGAAAAGCUUAUUAUGGGGACUGAAGGCCCCAAGGACUCGUUGGACUGGAAAACGAUUGGUGACUCGUCAAAGAAUGAGGCUGACACUGGACCAGUUGUAAAGAAACGACUUCCGAGAAAGAUGCGCCACAUUCCAGACUACUAUUUUCUUCCUCGUAGAUCCAUGUUUGCUAACAUUGCAAUUUACGGGUCGUGCAUUGUUGGUGGAAUCGGAGCUGGAAUGCUGACUGAAAUCUGGAUUAACAAGAAAAUUAAAGAAGAUGGUGGCGGUGUUCUAUGGGAAUUCGACAAAUAAAUUUGAGAUAGAAUUACGUGUAUGCGAAAGCGAAAGUAUGAUAGAUAAUACAAAACGAUAUGUUGCCUGAAUAUUUCAAGACGGUUUUUUAGGGUUGGUUUGCUAGAUCUUUUCGGUUUCCUCGGUUUGAUUUAUUUCCGCUUCCAAUUUUUGUGAGUUCAUCAACCAAAUAUAUGGGUUUUUAUCAAA